AUGAACGUCCACUUGUUUGGUGCAACUUCGUCACCAAGUUGUGCGGCUUUCUGUUUGAAGCGCACGGCAAAUGAAAAUACUGAUAAAUUCAGUCAAGAAGCGGUAAGUACGGUUGAACGUAAUUUCUACGUUGAUGACCUUCUUAAGUCAGUAUUAGACUCAAGUUCGGGAAUUAGACUUGCCGCAGAAAUGAAAGAACUUCUUUCUUUAGGGGGCUUCAGAUUGACAAAGUGGCUCUCUAAUUGUGAACAUGUCAUGAAUUCGAUCCCGGAAGCGGAUCGAACUCAGUCAAAGGAAAAAAUAGACCUUGACAACGAGUCGUCAUGUGAGCGAACACUUGGGUUACAGUGGCAUGUUAAGUAUGACCAUUUUGUGUUUGAUGUAAAUCUCCAUGACAAAGGUACGACAAGACGUAAUAUCUUGUCGGUUGCCAGUUCAUUGUAUGAUCCGCUUGGGCUUGUUGCACCAGUGACGUUAACACCAAAAUUGAUUCUACAACGUGCUUGUAGAACAAACCUAGGCUGGGACGAACAAAUUCCAGAUGCGGAUGCUGAAAAAUGGCUGCAGUGGCUAGCCAGCCUACCAGCACUAUCGAAGGUAAGUAUAGAUAGAUGUAUAAUACCAGGUGAGCUCGACAGGUCGACCUUGAAAGCUGAACUACAUAUGUUUAGUGAUUCAUCGGAGUAUGCCUAUGGAUCGAGCGUGUACUUAAAAGUGUAUGACGCGAAGGGGCACAGUAAGUGCAGUCUAAUUAUAGGUAAGUCUAGGUUAGCACCUAUAAAGGCUAUUUCGAUACCAAGACUCGAACUUGCAGCAGCUGUAGUUGCUGUAAAACUGUAUCAGAUUGUCAUAGAGGAGCUUGAUGUAAAAAUUACUGAAAGGUACUUUUGGACGGACUCUAUGAUUGUGUUAGGUUACAUAAGAAAUGAAACGAAAAGGUUUAAGACUUUCGUUGCAAAUAGACUAUCAAUAAUUCAUGAGGUGACGUCACCACAUGACUGGAGGCAUGUACCCUCAAAAGAGUAA